AUCCCGGAAUACAGUCGCCUCAUCCAUUUCCACCACGAUUCCUUGGAAGGUUGGCUCUUGGCUCAUUUUGCUUCCGAGAUCAUGGCAAGUGCGGCACUGAGAUGGAAAAGGGCAGGUGCUAUACAGCUCGGACUCCUCCUACUGAUCUUCUUGACCUCAGGGAAUUCUGCCCUGGAAUGUUAUACCAUCACCAAAACCGAUAUAGGAAAUGCCACCAUAACAAGCUAUCCAGGCAGUUCACAGAUGCUCUGCUCAGGUGCUGAGAAUGCUUGUGUGGAGGUGCAACUGAAAUUCAUUGUUGACAAAAACAUUAUUUUUAUGAACCAUAGGGGUUGUGCCAAGUGGGACUCUAAAACUGUAUCAGAAUCUGCCACCUCGGGUAACCAGCACUACCGCAUCGAGUCCAAUGUAACCUAUUGUCUCCAUGACCUUUGCAAUGUGGAAACAAGCCCUGCAAACAUCUCCAUAACCCCUGGAGGGGAACAAGUGCCUGAAACAACCAGGAUCAAUCAACACCACUGCUUUUCUGGCCUCACGUUUGAUCGCAGCGAGCCCUCUCUGGGCCCAGUCAGGUGCCACGAGGGUUACGACAAGUGCUACCAGAGCAGGGCUGCCAUCAUAGUAGGAACCCCACAAAGUUUCACUUCCUCCUUGGUGUUCAUCAGGACUUGCCAAAACGCAACCAAUGCUGUGCCUCAGAGACAGUCCUUUGCUCGCGUGACCAUUGCCGUCGAGGAGGACUCCUACUGCAGUGGGAGCCUUUGCAACGGGAAGUGGGGGCCCCCUCAUUUAGCACCAGGAGCAUACGGACCCAUCCGCCACUGGCAUACCAAGCCCAUCAGUCCCCCUCAGGAUGCUGGUCUCCCUGACCAUAGGCAAUUACAAGCCGCAGCUCCCGAAUGUUCUACCAUCCAUCCUUGCCUCCUCCUGGUCACCCUCAGAACAAUCAUGCUUGGGAUAUGGUGAGGAGAAACGUGUCAGGAAGUGGGGCAAUUCGACUCCUCAGCUGAGUCGAACCGUUGGAAGGGCUGACCUCCUGGGGGACAUUGCUCUGAAGCUGACAUAUAAAUCCUCCAAGGAAAGAAACUGCAAUACCUAACAGUAUGGCUAUCUUUAACUUCAUAUGCAUUUAUUACCCUAUGUAACUCAGUAGUAAAUGUGAAACAUCCUAAAAAUUAUAACUAGCAUUGUCAAUAUA